UGUGUACUUAAUUAAGUGAAGGGGGCGGGGGUUUAAAGAAAAAGGCACAGGGGGUGUUACUUGCCUCUCUCUCCCCUUUUUUCUCGGCCUGCCGGUCUCCUUGGUCACAAACAUGCACACAUACUCACACACACACACAAACACUGACGAGGGCUCAGUCCUGCUAUGGCCUCCACCACCACUGAGGAAAGCUCUGGGGUCUCAGCCACAACAGCAAACCAGCAGCCUGACUUGGAAACUAGCGUAGAACCCGGCUCAGCAGCAAAGCCUGAGCCCAGCAGUGAGGCCCGUCGAGACAGAGAGGAAAAGGAGGAUGAAGAAGAGGACGAAGGUGGAGGAGGCUCAGCACAGGGUCAUGAGAAGGCAAAAGGGCAGAGUUUGGACCCUGAGUGGGUGGAGGAGAGGUUCAGGAUCGACAGGAAGAAGCUGGAAAACAUGCUGUAUGCUCCAAAGAAUGAAGAUGCUGAGACUGGAGAGGAGUUUUUUGAAAGAGUGAUGAGAGAGACAGACACUCAGGUGAAAUGGCCAUCCAAGCUGAAGAUUGGAGCAAAGUCAAAGAAAGAUCCGCAUGUAAAGGUGGAAGGGAAGAGAGCCAAUGUUUUGCAAGCAAAAAAGAAAAUACUAGAAGUCCUGGAGACCAGGGUGAACAAGGUGACUCUAAAGAUGGAUGUGGCUUAUACAGAGCACUCCCACGUGAUCGGUAAAGGUGGUGGAAACAUCAAGAAGGUGAUGGAGGUCACGUCUUGUCACAUCCAUUUUCCAGAUUCCAAUCGGCACAAUGCCACAGGAGAGAAAAGCAACCAGGUGUCCAUUGCUGGGCCUAUAGAAGGGGUGGAGGAAGCCAGAAGGAGGAUAAGAGAUCUGCAGCCACUGGCCUUGACCUUUGACCUUCCGGUUAGCCUUGUGCCUCAGGCUCUUCCAGAUGUAAACUCCCCCCUCAUCCAGCAGGUAGUGCAGACUUUAGGAGUGAGUGUGAGCUUCAGGGCAGUGCCACCUCAGCCUCAGGCUCAGCCCCCUUUCUAUGGAAGCUGCUGCAUGGUCUGGGGUCUGCAGGGAAACGCAGCAGCUGUUAAGAAAGCCACCUGUAUUCUGAUGGACCUACUGCUGGGGUCAGAGGUCGCAGGGGGCAUCGUGAGCAGCCAACUGGACGUUACUUCUCAACAGCAUCUCUUCCUGCUGGGGCAGAAUGGAGCCCAUUUUCUGAGUGUGAUGCACCAAACCCAGACCCAGAUCAUCUUACCAGACCUCAGUGCCCCUCAGAACCCUCCUUCAUUGCUCAUCCAGGGCAGCCCCGACGGAGUGUGUCUGGCUCGACAGCAGCUCACGGACUGCCUGCCAGUGUGUUUGAUGUUUGAUAUGCGUGAAGAUGGGGAGGCAGAUCCCUGUAAGUUGGCUCAGAUGAUGCAAAACCUGGGAGUAUUCAUUAGCGUCAAGCCCAAAGUAAAACAGACCAGCAAGUCAGUGGUGGUGAAAGGUCUGGAAAGAAACAUCUCUUGUCUUUACGAGGCUCGUCGUCUUCUUCUUGGCCUGGAUUCCUGUGAGAUUUCCAAGGAAACCAAGGUGACCCCUGACCCCUUAAUGUCCGGCAGUGGAUUGACCCACUAUUGGCUUAACAUGUUGCUGCAGCAGCUUCGUCUCUCUGAGCAGAGCCCUGUAUCUGCUCCUGCUGCAGAGGGGCUGGCUGGUACUAAGCCCCGCCCCUUGCUUCCCCCAGGCCUUAACCCUCCCGCUGACGAAGGCAGGACAAGUCUGAAAGGAACAGACAGUCGGCCAUUGGAGAAGAUCUUGGAAAAUGAGGAUCAAUCCGGCCAGUCAGAGGAUGAGAACUCCAGGGGCGUGAUGGAGUCAUCUGAAGUUUAUGAUGCAGUGAGCACCAACAGUAUCAACAGAGUGGGCUUCACGGGUCGGAGGGGGAGUCUCCCAAAUCCAGAAAUGAAUAAGGUGUUCGGCAAAGGAAGGCGACAUUCAACAGGACAGGCCCUAACCUACAGAUUGCUGAAUACAGAGAAUGAGGGAGGGAGGAAUGAGUGGAGGAACAGCCUGAGGAGGGACAUGACGCUGGCUCAGGAUGUUCACGCUGACUCAUCCAAAGCUGAGGAAUAUGACUAUGAGAAGAAGAAACUGCUGGCAACCAGAGCCAUGCAGAGGAAACCUGUGGUCACAGAGGUCCGGACGCCCACAGACACCUGGAGUGGCCUCGGCUUCUCCAAAUCCAUGCCAGCAGAAGCCAUCAAAGAGCUUCGCAACAUCAGCCGACGCAGCUACAAACCCUACCUGAACACCAGCAGCAGUCAGCAGUCAUGGGCUGCGCAGACGACCAAAGCGUAUAAUGGCAGCGACUCUGAAAACUGGAGGGACAGACGUGGCUCCACAUCUUCCUCCUUGCCUGUCUCUUCCUCCUCCUCCUCCUCCUCUUCCUCGUCCCCUUCCUCACCGCCUUCCAACUUCCCCUCAUCUGCCUCCUCCUUCCCUGCAUUUGCAUCUUCAGGGAGCAGAGGCAGAAGUGACAAACCCUCCGAGUGCUUCUCCACCAGCGGCAGCUACUUCGAGGGUCUGUGCUCAUCGAGGAGGGCUUCGACGUGCAGUCAGCGUAGCCCCUCUCCACAAACCACAGAUGACCUGCCUGACCUUCUCAGUCAGCUGGGACUGGUCAAAUACAUUGAUGUGUUUGAAGAACAGGAGAUUGACUACCAGACAUUCCUCACUCUGUCAGAUGAUGAUCUGAAGGAAGUAGGCGUCUCCACCUUUGGAGCCAGGCGCAAAAUGUUACUGGCAAUUUCAGAUCUUAAUAAGAGCAAGCGGAGGCUCUCAGACACACCCACAGUGAAGCCUGGGUACCUGGAAGGCGGUGCGAGUGGUCGACUCCCACGAAUCAUGGACCUGGAAGUGGCAGCUCAGAAUAAUCACUGGUGAACAGAGAUGUCGAGCAGCAGUGAGCUCCAUCUGACAAAGGUGGAAGUAAAAAAGUAUUCAGUGACACUGUUGCUAGAGUGGCGGUUUUAUCUGCUUAUUAUAUUAUAAAUAAAUAAGCAAGAAAUGACCCUGAGGAACAGCAAACAGUAUGUACACAUGUACUCUCAGCGCUAGCCAGACUCCAAAGCUUUUAAACUAAGUUAAGACAAGGAGGUCUUACCCUUUUUAGCCUCUGAUACAAGAAACAUACUAUAUGAGACACAACGGUCAUGAAAAUGUGUUCAUUAGGUUUUCCUUUGGGGCGUAUUUGUCCUUCUUAUGCAAAGUCCUAUGCUUUGACCAUAUGCUCAUGCCCAUGUUAACAACAAUGUAUGCAACUGUAAAUUGAUAUUCACAAAAUAAAAUGACUUUGUGCUAUGGUAGAGAUGAUUAAUAAAAUAUUGUCAUUAUGCUUUACCAGUUUUCCUGUCAAGAUUCCAACCCUGAGCCAAGAGCGGACCACCAGAGGGCACUGGUAUCACACACUGCGUUUAGAAAUUCAAGUCACAUUUGUAUUGAAUUAAAAAUAAUGAAUAUCUUUCAGGAGGAAACAGUGGCAGUAGCAAAGAGCUCCUGGUGGACAAGCUGGAGGAGGCUUUGAAAUAUACAGUAGCAAACAUCUGAUAAGAAAAAAUGAAUUUGAAAACCUAAAUAGGUAAAUACAUUUAUUAGUGUGAAAGGAAUGUGACACUCCUUUUAAUGUGGUUCGGUCUCGCCUGGAUGCUCACCUGAAAGUUUCAAUUUAAUUUAUCAUUGUUGCUGGAAGUGAAGCCACUGAAGGCGCUUAUGGGUUGUUUCCUGUUUAAUUUAUUUAGCGGAGGGAUACACCCAGCAAUUUAGUGCUAUCAGACAGACCUCACUGGCAGAGUGUUAAU